GGGGGAUUGUUUCCCCAUCUCUCUUCUCUCCCUCUGACUUUAAAUAGUGGAAAGCUCUUUGAAGAGAGGGCGGGAGGGGGCAGUUCUGUACCUUCACCAUCCUGUCUGGACUCUGAGGAGUAUAUAAUGUGCAGACUCAAACUUGAAUUCCAGACACAACGUGGAGCUUCAGCCAGAGGACCAGCUGAGGACCUGACGAAUCAAAGGGCAUGAACGACGUCAAGCUAGCCCUUCUGGGAAGCCAGGGGGCUGGGAAAUCAGCUGUCCUUGUGCGGUUCUUGACCAGACGGUUUAUUGGUGAAUACGCCUCAAAUGCAAACUCCUUGUACCAUAAGAGGCUAUCAAUCGAUGGCAGGCAGCUGAAUCUCCAUGUGUUUGACCCCUGCUCUCAGAGCUCCGAGGCCAGGUGUAUACUGGAGGAGCCAGUGGACUGGGCAGAUGGCUUUGUGGUGGUGUACAACAUCAGCGACCGCACAUCCUUCAUCAACGCCAAAAGCAUCCUGAGGCAAAUCCGGGAGGCUCGCACGGAUAACUGCAAAGGGGACACAGAUGUUCCUGUGUGUCUGGUUGGUAACAAGCAGGACCUGUGCCACGCCCGGCAGGUGCGAGAGGACGAAGGCCGCAGCCUGGCGCAGGAGAACCGCUGUCACUUCCAGGAGGUGUCGGCGGCUGAUAGCUACCAGGACAUCGCCAACCUCUUCACCCAGCUCAUCAGGCAGGUGAUGGACCACCUGAAAUACCGAGCCGACCGACGACGCUACAGCGGCUCCAAGUCCAUGGCCAAGCUCAUCAACAAUGUGUUUGGCAAGAGGAGGAAGUCAGUGUGACGGUCCCAGCUGAUGGGAAAAGUCAAGCUGGGUGAACUGGGAGGUUGCUUUUUGUACAAAGCCAUGCUGAAUGCAAACAGCAAAGUUCUGCGUUCAUUUAGUACUUUGGAAAGGUACUCAUACUUCUCGAACAUUUUUACAUGUUGCUUUGCAACCACAAACUUCAGUGUAAUUUGUUGAAAUUUCAUCUGACAGACCAACACAAAGUAGUGCAUGAUUGUAAAGUGGGAGGAAAAUAAAACAUGGUUUACAAAUAUUUUUCGCUAAUGAAAUCUCAAAAGUUUGUCCCUACUGAGUUAAUAGUUUCUAAAACCACUUUGGGGGAAUAACAGCUGCUAGUCGUUUGAGCUCUGUCUCUACUACCUUUACACAUCUAGCGACUGAUGUGUAAAGAGCAAGAUUCAUCUCUGCCAAAACAUCUGAGUGUUGUGAGAAAUUCUGUUUUGGAUUUAGCUCUGGACUUUGAAUGGGCCUUUGGAAUUUUAUCAAGGGCUGUCAGUGUAAAGGAGAAUGAGUAUAAAACACACUUUUAGGAUUUUUGUUUGUAAACAAAUUUAAAAACUGUGCGAGAAACUGUCGCUUCUUUGUGUUGAUCCACCGCAACCGCAAAUACCUUUUCAAGGCACUUUAUUCUCAGCAACACAGAUGGUUGACCACAAGUCUAGCAACAAAACUUUAGUAUUUCUAUAGAUCUGCUUCAGUUUAUGGCUACUUAUUUAGAGCAGCCACAGCAGCAAGUUGAUUUAAAUAAAAAAUAUAUUCACACAUAAUGUUUAGAAAACACAGUCUUUCCAAAAACAAAAGUCCUGCAAAAAGCACUUUUUUCUACCCUAGUUUUCUUGUUAUGAAUACAUUUAUUGUGUCUUAUUUUGACAGCUUUUUCCAAAAACGUAACUGAAUUAGACAGAGGAAACACCUGCACAGGUGAAACAUGUAUGUUCAGAGGGGGAUUUAUCAAACAAUCGGAGGUGAUUUGCGGGGUCCUAAAGGAUCCAUAGAACAGACGGUUGCAGGAAAUCGGGCUGUAAACCCGGAAUCAAACUGGAAUGCUUGGAUUUGCUGUAAGCAACGUGUCUGUUUUCUUCCUCUCAUCCCACAGUUCUUAUUGUAGCUUGAGACGAUUUUACAACAUGACUGCACAUAAGAUAAAUGAUUAGUGGUUGAAUAGCCAGCGACAGAAAAAUGUCCAAGUCUGGCCAACUCUUGAAUUAAGUUUUUGUUUUGCACAGCUCCAGAUAGGCUCACAGAGGUUUCACUCACAGGAUGGUGAUGACAGCCAGCCAACACUGCAGUCUAUCAAAUGAAAAUAUCUGCAGUUUGCCUUUUUGUUCAAAUAUAAUAUAAAGUAUAAUUUUGAAAAGAUCAAAUUCAGCAUUCACAUAAAGUUUGCUUCCAUUGUGCAGUGUUGGUUGCUGCCCUGUAUUAUAACUGUUACAUCUUUGAGGGACUGGUAACCAGUUCAGAGUUCACUGCAUCAUUUUGCAAAUGGACCAACUCUAACAAUCCUGUGAAGUGUCAGCUAAGUAUGGGAUGGACUGAUGGGGAGAAACAGCUGGUUUUAACAUGAUGUAAAGGGUUGUAGAAAUAUUUUCAUAAUAAUGCCACUCUUGGAAAGCUGUAGUGCUGAUUGAAAGACUGGAUUAGGUAUGGACAUACCCAACCCUGAAGGAAUGGCAGUACUGUUAAUGUUCUCAUGUUUUUCAUCAAAAUAUUUAAUGCCUUAAUGGAAUAGUGCCAAAUGCAAAAUCUUUUACCAAUUAAAAAUAUUCCUUUGAAUAUCUCUUUUCAAGAAAUAUUUUCUUUCAACAAUCGUUAAAAAUGAGAAAACCAAUCAUGGUUUUAAGGCAUGAUGAGUACAUGAUGACUGAAACACAGCUUGUGUUGAUAUUGUUGCUUAGGUUUUUUCUUUUUUGGUAGAUCCUGAUAAACAAACCCAAAUCAUCGACCCUCCCCACCAUCGACCCUCCCCACCAUCCAUUCUAAUAUUUAUAGAAUGGAUGUGUGUACAAAUUAACAUUUUUGGUCAGUCAGGCAGUUUUCUAUCGCUUCCUCCAUAGUGGGUUGGGGGGAAGCUGGUGCCUAUCUCCAGCAGACUAAGGGCGAGAGGUGGGGUAUAGCCUGGACAGGUCGCCAGUCCAUCGGGAUUCAGUUUAAUUUCUGGAGAGGAUCUGGAGACUCCACAUCUCAGUCUGUUUUAAUAAACGUUUGAACAUUGAGAUGCUUGGUGAGAAUCGAUCAUGGUUUCAAAGCCACGGGUCCAGAGUCCAGAAUACUGAACAACAGUUUAUAAGGUUACAAACUGUGUUGUGUCAAAAUUGUUAACGUCUGUUUGGUACAACUAGAAUUUUGGUAAAUUUUGGUAAAUUCUGCAGAACAAGCCCAGACCAUUAUUCCUCCACCACCCUGUUUGACAACAGUUCAGAAGUCAUUUGUUUAAUUUUAGCUAAAUUCCAAAAGUUGCCCACUUGGUGCCAUCUCUAAACAGCAUCUUCAAUACUCAUGGGACUUCUUUAUUCUCGUCAAAUUUCAGUGCCAGGUUCAGGGCUAUUUUGGGUGCAGUUGCUUUCAAAGCCCACAUGGAAGAUAUACUUUUCAUCCAGCUAAUUAAGAAACUCUGCUCCACCAUUUAAAAAUCACUUCAAUACUGUUGAUGUUCUUCUGAUCCUUCAAAGUCUCACAAUUUAGGUUUUUUAUGUAAUUCUUAUUAUGUGAAGGCAAUUUAUAAUAAUUUGUAUUAUUAAAAUGUCUUUAUGCCUUG